CGGCCGCCGCCCAGCAGCCCGCCGCUCUCCAUCAUGGGCCUCAUGCCGCUCACCAAGGAGGUGGCCAAGGGCAGUAUCGGGCGCGGCGUGCUCCCCGCGGUGGAGCUGGCCAUCGAGCAGAUCCGCAACGAGUCGCUCCUGCGCCCCUACUUCCUCGACCUGCGACUCUACGACACCGAGUGUGAUAAUGCAAAAGGCCUGAAAGCCUUCUACGAUGCAAUAAAAUACGGGCCGAACCACUUGAUGGUGUUUGGAGGAGUCUGUCCGUCUGUUACGUCCAUCAUCGCAGAGUCCCUCCAAGGCUGGAAUCUGGUACAGCUCUCCUUUGCUGCCACCACGCCUGUCCUGGCAGAUAAGAAGAAAUACCCUUACUUCUUUCGGACGGUCCCAUCGGAUAACGCGGUGAACCCAGCCAUCCUGAAGCUGCUGAAGCACUACCAGUGGAGACGGGUGGGCACGCUGACCCAGGAUGUGCAGCGCUUCUCAGAGGUGAGAAACGACCUCACCGGGGUUCUGUACGGCGAGGACAUCGAGAUUUCGGACACCGAGAGCUUCUCCAAUGAUCCCUGCACCAGUGUCAAAAAGCUUAAGGGCAAUGAUGUGCGGAUCAUCCUCGGCCAGUUUGACCAGAAUAUGGCAGCAAAAGUGUUCUGUUGUGCAUAUGAGGAGAGUAUGUACGGUAGCAAAUACCAGUGGAUCAUCCCGGGCUGGUAUGAGCCCGCCUGGUGGGAGCAGGUGCACACAGAAGCCAACUCAUCGCGUUGUCUCCGGAAGCAUCUGCUCGCUGCCAUGGAGGGCUACAUCGGCGUGGACUUCGAGCCUCUGAGCUCCAAGCAGAUCAAGACCAUCUCUGGGAAGACGCCGCAGCAGUAUGAGAGAGAGUACAACAGCAAGCGGUCAGGAGUCGGGCCCAGCAAGUUCCACGGGUACGCCUACGACGGCAUCUGGGUCAUCGCCAAGACGCUCCAGAGGGCCAUGGAGACGCUGCACGCCAGCAGCCGGCACCAGCGGAUCCAGGACUUCAACUACACGGACCACACGCUGGGCAAGAUCAUCCUCAGUGCCAUGAACGAGACCAACUUCUUCGGGGUCACGGGUCAAGUUGUAUUCCGGAACGGGGAGAGAAUGGGGACCAUUAAAUUUACUCAAUUUCAAGACAGCCGGGAGGUGAAGGUGGGAGAAUAUAAUGCUGUGGCUGACACGCUGGAGAUCAUCAACGACACCAUCCGGUUCCAAGGGUCCGAACCGCCAAAAGACAAGACCAUCAUCCUGGAGCAGCUUCGUAAGAUCUCCCUGCCUCUCUAUAGCAUCCUCUCCGCCCUUACCAUCCUGGGAAUGAUCAUGGCCAGCGCUUUUCUCUUCUUCAACAUCAAGAAUCGGAAUCAGAAGCUGAUAAAGAUGUCGAGUCCAUAUAUGAACAACCUUAUCAUCCUGGGAGGAAUGCUGUCCUACGCAUCCAUCUUUCUCUUUGGCCUUGAUGGGUCCUUUGUCUCUGAAAAGACUUUCGAAACCCUUUGCACCGUCAGGACCUGGAUUCUCACCGUGGGCUACACCACCGCCUUCGGGGCAAUGUUUGCAAAGACAUGGAGAGUCCACGCCAUCUUCAAAAACGUGAAAAUGAAGAAGAAG